AUGGAUUCACAAUCACAAUCAUACGACGGCAAAUACAGCAAGCCUAGCAACUCUCUUGCCUUGGGACUCAUGGGGUUUACCCUCUCGGUUGGGACAUUUUCAACAGUGUUGAUGGGCUGGGGCGGAUCUUCGUCCUUGGCAAGCGUUGUAGGGAUAUUCUUCUUCACUGGACCCGUGCUCCUUUUCCUCUCGACGAUUUUUGAAUGGAUACUCGGCAAUUUUUUCAACAUGAUGCUCUGCGGGUUUUUCGGUGUAUUUUGGUCCUCUCUUGGCAUUCUUCAACUGCCCACUGCCAACAUUGCAUCGUCAUAUUCCCCAGCUGGUAGCGCCGUCGAGGGCACACUGACACCUGACUAUAACGCAGGCAUAGCGCUAUACAUUUCUGUCUUGGGGUUUGCCGUGUUUACUUUCCUCAUCAUGUCACUCCGAACAAAUGCAGUGCUGGCAGCUCUCUUCGCCGAUGCUACAGCGGGUCUCUUCACCCUCUCUGCAUCCUACUGGAAGGCUAGCUUGGGAGACUUUCCCUCUGCUUUGCAUCUGAAACACGUUUCUGGGGGACUCUUGUUUGUUGUGGCAAUGCUGGCUUGGUAUUUGACAUGUGCGCUCAUGCUUGCAGAAUUGGCCUUCCCGUUUAACCUCCCAGUUUUUGACUUGUCCCACUACUGGCCUCAUUCUGGCCCAGACUUGGAGUGCGCAGAUGGGAGGGCCUGA